AUGAAAGUUGAUUAUACAUUAUAUUUAGUAACAGAUUCAGGAAUGGUUCCUAAAUCGUCUUCCUUUCUCAAACAAGUGGCAGAUUCUAUCAAUUACGGAGCUACAAUAGUUCAAUUACGUGAAAAGUCCCUUUCUACUUCAGAGUUUAUCAAAAGAGCAGAACAAGUCCACGAAUUGACACAAAAGCGGGGAAUCCCAUUAAUUAUAAAUGAUCGAGUUGAUGUUGCCCUUGCAGUGAAUGCUGAAGGUGUCCAUGUGGGUCAAGAUGAUAUGCCUGCGGCAAUUGCACGAAAAUUGAUUGGUGACGACAAAAUUCUUGGGGUAACUUGCUCUAAUGUUGAUGAAGUUCAGGAAGUAGUUGAUCAAGGAAUUGCUGAUUAUGUUGGCCUUGGAACGGUUUAUAAGACCAAUACAAAAAAAGAUGUAACUAAUCCUGAAGGAACAGGCCCCAGCGGGAUUAGAAAAAUGCUUCAAGUUUUGAACAAACACAAUUCAAAAUCAGGUGCCAAAAAAAUUCACAGCGUCGCUAUUGGUGGAAUAAACGACUUAAAUGUACGUAAUGUGAUGUUUCAAUGUGCUAUUCCAGGUGAGAAAAUUGAUGGAGUAGCAGUUGUCUCUUGUAUCAUGGCAAAUGAAAAUGCUGCCGAAGGAACUUUAUUAUUAUUAACACUUAUUUCAGGCUCUCCAUAUUGGAAUAUCCCUCAUUAUGACUCGAAAUAUAUACCAGACUACGAAGCCCAAAUAAAACAAUUGACAUCAUCACGCCCAUUGAUUCAUCAUAUAACCAAUAAUGUGGUGAAGAAUUUUAGUGCAAAUGUAACAUUGGCCAUAGGCGCUUCCCCUAUCAUGUCUGAAUUUGAAGAGGAAUUUGAAGAACUUGCCUCAAUCUAUAAUACAGCUUUGGUUUUAAAUUUAGGUACACCUUCCAAAGAGAUGAUGAAAAUAUUUAAAAAUGCAAUAUUAGCACACCAACCUAGAAAUCCAAUUAUAUUUGAUCCAGUCGGUUGUGGGGCUAGUAGGGCCAGAUUAGAAUGUUGUAAACAGUUGUUGGAUACAGGCUAUUUUGCUGUAAUUAAGGGCAAUGUUGGUGAGAUUUUGGCGUUGCAGAAGUUAACAAGCAGUUAUAUAGAAUUGCAAGAUAUAUCUUAUAUGAGAGGCGUUGAUUCGGUUUCAGAUCUUACGGAAGAAGAUAUCAUUUACAUAGGCAAACAAGUAUCUACUGAAUUCAAAACCGUUUUGGUUAUAACUGGGCCAACAAAUUAUAUUAUUGAAGGGCCGAACAAAGUGUUCAAAGUUCAAGGUGGUAACAAAUUGAUGGGUUCAAUUACUGGAUCUGGCUGUGCAUUGGGUAGUACAAUUGCAGCAUUUGUGACUAGUCAAGCCAAGUCAGCGUAUGGUCUUCCAAGUAAUUUCAACGCUGCUGUCAAUGCUGUAAAGCUUUAUAAUAAAGCUGGUGCUGCAGUAUCAGAAAAAACUCCUGGUAAAUUCAUGGCUUCUUUCCUUGAUAAUUUGUAUAGAUUGACUCAUUUUGAUAGUUGA